CAACCCAUCUUGUCAGAACAUGUCUGAGGGGCUUGGCUUCUUUUCCGCGGAGAAAUGUAUUUUCCCAAAGCUACACCAUGCUCCAUGAAUCUUUUCCCACCGUCCUGGAUGCAAGUGAUAAUCCUGGGCAUGAACUAUUUCCAUCUUCUCUUGAACCAUUUCCAUCUUCUCUUGCUCUUGGGCACAGAAAGAUCCACAGGAAGCAGUGUGGGAUCAGGAGCCACAUAGUGAGCAUAAUAGAGGUCAACUUUAUAGCUCUCAAGGUCUGGUUGUUAGGAAUAAUGUGCAUGGGGGACCUUGGAGGAUUCCAUGGCAGGCGAGGGUGACCUAGGGGGAGGGACAAACACUCCAGGAAGACAGAGCUUAAGUGAGAAGUUUUAUUAGACAGGGGAGGGGGAAAGGAAAGAGAAAAGAGGUAAAGGGACAGAGAGAGAACGGAAGAGAAGGGGCAAACAGAAGACAGCAUAAGUGGGCGGAGCUCUUUCUUUUAAAGGGGUCCUUUGCACCCGGGCUGACCAGGAUUCUGCCUGAGUGCAUUCUGCCAGGUGACCGGUAGGCCAGAGUGACACUGUAAAUACACAGCAUUCCUAUGACCCACCUACUGCUUUCUCCUCCAAGUGACACACACUGGGUGAGCCCCUGACAUUGACUGUUACACGGCUGUGAUCUUUGGUUGAUGGAGGUUUCUUGCAAGCCACUCCUGCUGGGAUCAUUCUUACUUGUUUCCUUCCCAUGGAUUGUCAUGGUCCGUGUCACUCUGUUCUAUCUAGCAUGGAAUGUUCACGUGUCCUGUGUUUGACUUUAGGACUUGUUCCUUCCGAGAUCUGUGGCAUCACUCAGCUGGAGUCUUCAGGAGAUCCCUUCAGCCCUGCACUGAGAUUCCUGACUCCAGGAUGUGGGAACAGAGAGGAGAGCAAGCCAUCAGCCGUUGAGCAGAGUAUUUCUGCAGAAGAAGGGGUCAAUGCAACCACACUCGAACAGCAGAAGCAGAAUUAUGAUAACGAACCCCUACCAACAGCAAGGGCCAGGAUUCCAGCUGUGAAGACCAGCAGAAGUGACCCGUCAGAGACAAUGUCACAAGGCACAGACAAAGGGGUGGACUCCCUGGAGGCCUCAAGUCCUCUUGAGUCUCAGGGGACCCCCAGUGCUGGGCAGCCACACAGACGCUCUGAGGACGCCGAGGACGCUCACUCCGAGAACAGAAACUACAAGUGUAGUGACUGUGGCAAAAUCUUUAGUCAUAAGUUCCGGCUUAUUCGACACCAGAAGAUACACACCGGAGAAAGGCCUUUUAAGUGCGGUCAGUGUGGGAAAUCCUUCAGCCAGAACGCGCAUCUCGCGGUGCACUUGAGAACCCACACUGGAGAAAAGCGUUUUAAAUGCAGCGAGUGCGGCAAAGCCUUCAAUUAUAAGAGAUCUCUCAUUAACCACCUGAAUGCUCACAGUGGGAAAAUGCCUUAUAAGUGUAGCCAGUGUGGGAAAUUAUACAGGAACAAAUCGAGCUUAAUAUGUCAUUAUCGUGUUCAUACUGGAGAAAAACCCUUUGAGUGCAGUCAGUGUGGGGAAUCCUACAGGAACAGAGUCAGCCUUGCAAGUCACUAUCGGUUUCAUAGUGGCGAAAAGCCCUACAAGUGCGAUCAGUGUGGGAAGUCCUUUAGGGAAAAGUCCAGCCUUUUGUAUCAUGGCCGGGUGCACAACGGGGAAAGGCCUUUCCAGUGCAAUGAAUGUGGGAAGUGUUUUAUGCAAAAUUGUCACCUGGUGAAACACCAAAAAAUUCAUAGCACACCCUGUGUGUGCAAUGAGUGCGGCAGAGUCUUCACCUCAGAUUACAACCUCAUUAGGCACAAGAGAGUUCAUAUUACAAGAAAGCAGUAUGAAUGCAAGGAAUGUGACAAAGUGUAUUGCCAUAGCUCUGGCCUCUAUAAACAUCAGAAGAGUCACAAUAGAUAAACACCGAUGAGAGCACGGAUGUGGGAAAGUCCUCUGGUCGUCUGAUUCCAAAAGGUAAAAAAAAUCACUGGAAAAAACUUAAAUGCUUCAGAUGUGGAGAACUUUCUACCAGACCAGCGCUUGGUGGAACCCUCGUCUGAGGAACUUGUUGCUGGUAAUUAACUAGGGGAGCCACAACUAGACAGUGUGCAGAUAGUGAGAGACUUUGCAUCACUAAGCCCUGCACAGGAUGUCUUCUUCAGACCCCUCCCCUCAAGGCUCAGGGGUCUCUCUGGAAGACGAGGCAAAAACACUGUAUGAGGAUGACUCCCAGGAAAAGGCAAGUCUUUAUGAAGCAGGACUGACGCACAUGCCAACCCACGGAGACAGGCAGCGUGCUCAAGGCAGAAAGAUUCAAACCAGAUGACAUCCUGGUACUGACAGGGCAAGUGCACACAACAUCCCACUUCUAACCAAGAAGCCCUUGAUACCUGCUGGCAAAGGGAAAAUCAGCUUUUCUCCAAUGAAUAGUCGUUAGGUAUGUCAACCCCACGCUCUAGGGCAAACCCUGUGCCCAGGAGUAGAUGGCCAACAGAAAACAGACUGUGUGUAUUCGUGUGGGUGCAUGCAAACGCAUGAGUUUUUUUUUUAUUGCUUUGAUGUGUUUUUUUAUUGUUUUGUUUGUUUAGUUUUUGUUUUAACGUUUUUGCAGAGAACAUGAAGUUGGGCAGGUUGGAAGGUGGGAAGGGUCUGGGAGGAGUUGGGAGAAGGGAAAGAACUACAUUGUCUGAAAUUUUUAAAUAAAAAUGAUUCUUUGUAUGUAUCACAUUUCCAAAGAAUAAAUUUUAAAAAAUUACAAAGA